CUUGUGCUUUUUCCCAAUACCAUUUUACUUGCCAAUUGGUUCUGACUUCUGCCACGUUAGUUUUCGAUUCCUGGUUUUCCCAGUAUUUAACAUCGCAUUCUACGUUAAUGUCUACCAUUCAUUCAUUUUAAUCGGUGAAUUCAUUCACUUUGGAACAUGUUGGUUGUGUGGUGCAGAGCCUUUUUGCUUUUUGAUUUACCUAACCUAAGAGCUGUUUAUCUAUAGUUUUUUAGAGACAUAGGCAUUGAUGAAAUUUGUUUCUACUUUUGGGAGAUAAAUGGAAAAAAAUUGUUGCAGUUGCAGAAUAAACAACUCAUAGACUUCUCGAAUAUGCAAAGCAUAAAGAAAUCUAUAUUGAGUCGUGUGAAUUUGAGAAGCUCAACUGAAAGAUGCUUCUUUUCCAGGGAUGAUAAUGCACUUGUGCAUUUAAGAUGUUGGUGCUCUUCGACAGGUGCCAGCUCUGAUCUGAUACUGGACCGAGUAAUUAGAUUGGUGAAGAAGUAUGAUAAAAUUGACUCUGCAAAGGUUACUGAAACAGCUGAUUUUCAGAAAGACUUGAGCCUGGACAGCUUGGACAGAGUGGAGCUUAUUAUGGCUCUUGAAGAAGAAUUUUCCAUCGAAGUCCCUGAUGAGAAAGCAGAUAAGCUUACUUGCUGUGCUGAUGUUGCAAAGUACAUAGCCUCUACCGACCAGAAAAUUAUGGGCAAGCCCUAACUUCUCAAUAAUUUAUGCAAUUGUUAGUUUGUGGCAUACAAGAUUUAUUGUGGUUGAGCUAUGUGCGUCUCUGCUAACUCAGAUUGUUUGCAAAUAUGAAUGUUAGUUGAGCUACAUUGAGGUAAUUAUUGGUAGAAUAGACAAAAGCUCCCUAGGUCUCCCUGGUGGAUAUUGUACGUAGAAAUGAUCGGUUUGAAGAACGUAACCAAUUGGUCAAUACCAAAAUCUAUAUAGGAUAUUC